GAUAUUACCCGGGCCGCCCGCCAUUUUGUCUCUAGUCUCUCGUUUGCAGUCCGCAGCGUCGGGAGAAGGUUGUUGGUCCUUGGGUGUGAGGCAGGGACCAGGGUCUAUUGUCUGUAUUUGACUUCGUAGUUUGGUCCGAGGGCUCUCGGAGCUUUCCCGGGGCAGUAGGCGAAGCCCCAGCGACCGCCCUCCCCCAUCCCCUCCGUCCCCGGGAUCGGGAGGGACCGACCCCCGCGUCACGCCCCUCGUCGGUCGUUGUUCUCGUCUCUCUUGUUGCGUCCGCCUCGUGUCCCCGGAAUCAGACGGUGCCCCAUAGAUGGCCAGCUUUCCCCCGAGGGUCAACGAAAAAGAGAUCGUGAGAUCACGUACUAUAGGUGAACUUUUAGCUCCAGCAGCUCCUUUUGACAAGAAAUGUGGUCGUGAAAAUUGGACUGUUGCUUUUGCUCCAGAUGGUUCAUACUUUGCUUGGUCACAAGGACAUCGUACAGUAAAGCUGGUUCCGUGGUCUCAGUGCCUUAAGAACUUUCUCUUGCAUGGCACCAAGAAUGUCACCAAUUCAAGCAGUUUAAGAUUGUCAAGACAAAAUAGUGAUGGUAGCCAGAAAAAUAAGCCUCGUGAACAUAUUAUAGACUGUGGAGAUAUAGUCUGGAGUCUUGCUUUUGGGUCUUCCAUUCCAGAGAAACAGAGUCGCUGUGUAAAUAUAGAAUGGCAUCGUUUCAAAUUUGGACAAGAUCAGCUACUCCUUGCCACAGGGUUAAACAAUGGGCGUAUCAAAAUAUGGGAUGUAUAUACAGGAAAACUCCUCCUUAACUUGGUGGAUCAUACUGAAGUGGUCAGAGAUUUAACUUUUGCUCCAGAUGGGAGCUUGAUCCUAGUGUCAGCUUCAAGAGACAAAACUCUCAGAGUGUGGGACCUGAAAGAUGAUGGAAACAUGAUGAAAGUAUUGAGGGGGCACCAGAAUUGGGUGUACAGCUGUGCAUUCUCUCCCGACUCGUCUAUGCUGUGUUCAGUUGGAGCCAGUAAAGCAGUUUUCCUUUGGAAUAUGGACAAAUACACAAUGAUACGGAAACUAGAAGGACAUCACCAUGAUGUUGUAGCUUGUGACUUUUCUCCUGAUGGAGCUUUACUGGCUACUGCAUCUUACGAUACUCGAGUGUAUAUCUGGGAUCCACAUACUGGACGCAUUCUGAUGGAAUUUGGGCAUCUGUUUCCCCCACCUACUCCAAUAUUUGCUGGAGGAGCAAAUGACAGAUGGGUGCGCUCUGUCUCAUUUAGUCAUGACGGUCUACAUGUUGCAAGCCUUGCUGAUGAUAAAAUGGUGAGGUUCUGGAGAAUUGAUGAGGAUUAUCCAAUACAAAUUGCAUCUUUGAGCAAUGGUCUUUGCUGUGCCUUUUCUACUGAUGGCAGUGUUUUAGCUGCUGGGACACAUGAUGGAAGUGUAUAUUUUUGGGCCACUCCAAGGCAAGUUCCUAGCCUUCAACACUUAUGUCGUAUGUCAAUCCGGAGAGUGAUGCCUACCCAAGAAGUUCAGAAGCUGCCGGUUCCUUCCAAAGUUCUGGAGUUUCUCUCCUACUGUAUUUAGAAGACUCUGCCUUCCCCAAUAGAAAGGACAAACAGAAUACCCUUUACACAAACCUCAAGCUUUACUGACUUAAGUAUCUGUUUUAAAAGGUCUAAAAGAUUUAUUUGAUGCAUUCUUGUAUUGCAUUUUGAUCAGUUGAGCUUUUAAAAUACUAUUUAUGACUAUAAGAGGAAUAAAGUCCAACUGUGAAAACAUAUAAACACAUGUAUAUAUUUAGAUACAAGCUGCUAUGUGUUGAAUGAACUCUUUUGCUUUUCUAAUUUUUAGUGUCUGGCAUGUAUAUAUUGCUUCAUUAGAACCACAGUAUGUGUCUUUGCUGUGAAGUGUAUGGAAUCUUUUAUUCUGGGAUACUGAGUUUAGAUGGUAAAUAUCAACAUAAAAAAGCUAAAUUG